AGAGGAGGAAGACAGCAGCCCUGGGGUGUCCUUCUCACUCUCUUCAGAAGACUCGGAGAUGGAGCCUGAGGAAGAAAGGAUCCGUUACAGCCAAAGACUGCGUGGCACCAUGAGGCGACGUUACGAGGAUGAUGGAAUCUCCGAUGAUGAAAUCGAAGGGAAGAGGACGUUUGACCUCGAGGAAAAGCUCUCCACCAACAAGUUUAACUCCACCUUCGUGGUCUUCAUGGAAGGCAAAGACUUCACAGUUGAAUACAUCCAGCGAGGUGGCCUGAGAGAUCCUCUCAUUUUCAGGAGCUCCGAUGGCUUGGGGAUAAAGAUGCCAGAUCCGGACUUCAGCGUGAACGAUGUGCGGCUGUGUGUCGGGAGUCGGCGCAUGGUGGACGUCAUGGAUGUGAACACACAGAGGGACAUUGAGAUGUCCAUGGCACAGUGGGCACGCUACUACGAAACGCCGGAGGCUGAGCGAGAGAAACUGUACAAUGUCAUCAGCCUGGAAUUCAGCCACACCAAGCUGGAGAACCUGGUGCAGAGACCUGCUACGGUGGAUUUGAUUGACUGGGUUGACAAUAUGUGGCCCAGGCACCUGAAGGAGAGUCAGACGGAGUCUACAAAUGCUAUCCUGGAGAUGCAGUAUCCCAAAGUGCAGAAGUACUGUUUGAUGAGCGUCAAGGGGUGCUACACAGAUUUUCAUGUGGACUUUGGUGGCACUUCUGUGUGGUACCAUAUUCACCGAGGGGGAAAGAUCUUCUGGCUGAUUCCGCCUACGCCCCAGAAUCUGGAGCUCUAUGAAAACUGGCUUCUCUCCGGAAAGCAGGGAGACAUCUUUCUUGGGGACAGAGUGUCCGAGUGCCAGCGAAUUGAGCUCAAGCAGGGCUACACGUUUGUCAUCCCCUCAGGUUGGAUCCAUGCUGUGUACACUCCCAUGGACACACUGGUUUUUGGAGGCAACUUCUUGCACAGCUUCAACAUCCCCAUGCAGCUGCGGAUUUACAGCAUUGAAGACCGCACACGGGUCCCCAAUAAAUUUCGUUAUCCCUUCUAUUAUGAGAUGUGUUGGUACGUGCUGGAGCGCUACGUCUACUGCAUCACCAGCCGCUCACAUCUGACCAAGGACUUCCAGAAGGAAUCGCUCAGUAUGGAUAUGGAGCUGAGCUCUUCAGACUCGGUGAACAUGGAGGAAGAGGAGGAGGAGGAGGAGGAGGAAGAGGAUGCAGCAGGGAAGGAACCCAGGCGACCAGUCACAAGGCGGUCUGUUCUUACCAGCCCCGUAGCCAAUGGUGCCAAUGCGGACUAUGAUGAACUGGGCAGGAGCUGCCGGAGCAGCCUGCCGCCGCUUCUGAAGAAGUCCCCAUCUGUAGACUCCUCUGACUCCAGCCGGGCUUCCCAAAACGGCCAGGCCUGGGAGCCACACGGCGGCAGCCCAAACAAGAGCAGGAAAGUUCACCUGACGCAGUUCGAGCUGGAGGGGCUGCGCUGCCUCGUGGACAAGCUGGAGUCGCUCCCUCUGCACAAGAAGUGUGUCCCCACCGGCAUCGAGGACGAGGAUGCCCUCAUUGCUGAUGUCAAGCUGAAGCUCCAGGCCCGGCUGCGGGUCCGCCUGCCCACCAUACCCAUCACCAAGCCUCACACCAUGAAGCCAACCCCCCGCCCAACACCCGUCAGGCCCACGGUCUCGCCCAUCGUGUCGGGAGCCAGGCGGAGGCGCGUGAGGUGCCGGAAGUGCAAGGCUUGCAUGCAGGGCGAGUGUGGCAUGUGCCACUAUUGCAGGGAUAUGAAGAAAUUUGGUGGACCUGGUCGGAUGAAGCAGUCCUGCGUCCUCCGACAGUGCUUAGCGCCUAGGCUGCCUCACUCAGUCACUUGUGCACUUUGUGGGGAGGUGGAUCAGAAUGAAGACUCGCAGGACUUUGAGAAGAAGCUCAUGGAGUGCUGCAUCUGCAAUGAGAUCGUCCACCCUGGCUGCCUGCAGAUGGACGGGGAAGGGCUGCUCAACGACGAGCUUCCCAACUGCUGGGAGUGUCCCAAGUGCUACCAGGGCGACGACACUGAGAAGGGCCAGGUACGACGUGAGUUACGGGGCGGAGGUGGCGUGUCCUGCAUCCCGCUGGCGCAUCACGGCAGAGGCGGCCGGGCGGCGGAGGGCGAGGAAAGCUGGAUGCAGCGGGAGGUGUGGAUGUCGGUGUUCCGCUACCUCUCCCGCAGGGAGCUCUGCGAGUGCAUGCGGGUGUGCAAGACCUGGUACAAAUGGUGCUGUGACAAGAGAUUGUGGACAAAGAUAGACUUGAGCAGGUGCAAAUCCAUCACCCCCCAGGCACUGAGCGGCAUCAUCAAAAGACAGCCCGUCAGCCUCGACCUCAGCUGGACCAAUAUCUCCAAAAAACAGCUCACGUGGCUUGUCAACAGGCUGCCGGGCCUGAAAGACCUCAUCCUCGCGGGCUGUUCCUGGUCUGCGGUCUGUGCUCUCAGUACCUCCAGCUGCCCCCUUCUCAGGACCCUCGAUCUUCGGUGGGCAGUAGGAAUCAAGGACCCUCAGAUCCGGGACUUGCUUACGCCUCCAACAGACAAACCCAGUCAGGACAAUCGCAGCAAACUCCGCAACAUGAUCGACUUCCGGCUAGCCGGCCUGGACAUCACGGACGCCACGCUGCGGCUCAUCAUCCGCCACAUGCCCCUGCUCUCCCGCCUCGACCUCAGCCACUGCAACCACCUUACGGACCAGUCGGCCAACCUCCUAACGGCCGUGGGCUCUUCCACACGCAAUUCCCUCACCGAGCUCAACAUGGCAGGCUGCAAUAAGCUGACAGAUCAGGCCCUGCUGUACCUGCGACGUAUCUCCAACGUCACUCUCAUUGACCUACGAGGUUGCAAACAGAUCACCCGCAAAGCCUGUGAGCACUUCAUCUCGGACCUGUCCAUCAACAGCCUCUACUGCCUAUCCGAUGAGAAGCUGAUCCAAAAAAUCAGCUAGAGACCCCCUUUUCAGGCAGACUGAGGAGAAGGAAAAGAGCCCAUCCCACCCCUCUGAGAGCCGCUCCUCCGCAUCCCCACCCUGCCCUCUGUGUCCUGCUGCUGCCUUCCACACAGCUCAGCAGGCAGGGCCGCUGCUGGCCUCGCUCCGCCGUCCUUCCUCCUCCUCCCCCUGGGACUUCGCGGAUGGAGAUGUCCCACCAGGCUGGCCAGUACCAGAGGAGGAACAGGCAAAGGGCCAGGAGGAGUCCCGACUUGGAGGCUGGCUGCUCUCGGGGCAGAGGUUGUAAUGGAGGUCUCUGUGCAGAGAAGGGGGGCACCGUCUUCCCCCUGCUUUUCCCCUCCUCGCCAUCUCCUCCUUGCCUUGAAACACUUGUCACUUCCUGGCUAGCACAAGCGCGAGGGUAAAGGUCUCGCCAAGGAAGAAGGAGCAGAGCUGGAAUGAACCAUGCCCUUUCUUGC